AUGGUAUUACAAGUUGACUUGGUUCUCAAAAGUCAUUAUAUUGUUACUAUUGUUCUUGCCUGCAUUAGUUGGAUUAUACUACUUGGUGGUACUAGUGCCAUCACAUCUUUAUACAGUAAUGGAGGCGGUCCUUUGGCUGCCCUUUGGUUCCACUUGAUUUAUGAAUUGGGCGUCAUACUUGGUCUCUUUACGGUUAUUGCGGAUAACUCUAUGAAACACUACCGCUUUACUUUUAAGGCUUUUGUGGCUGGUGCCAUCCUUCUUGCUAUGAUCAAUCUUUUUUGGUUACUUGUGGUUGGAUCAGAGGAAGAUUCUUAUGCAGUAAAAAUGGUUAAUGAUUCUUAUAGCAAUCUUAGCAAUAUAAAUUUUGGUCCUAUAAGUCAGAACAUCAUUCCUCAAUUUGCCCCUAAAACAACAUCAAUGCAUAAUUCUGACGUUAGAAGUCAACAAUUAAAUCAUGGAAGUCCCGAAGAUCGUACCGAACUCUCAUUUGUUAAAGGCGAUCACCUUGACAUUGCUAGUAAAGAAGGUAAAUGGUGGCAUGCAAGAAAAGCCGAUGGUACAACUGGUAUUGCACCAA